AUGGUAGUGAAAAAUCGACGCGGCGCACCGUUUUGCCUCGAAUGCAGUGUAGCAGCGUGCAACAGGCGUGGCGCGCGCGUGUGCGUGCCGGCGCCGCUCCCUGUCCCGUUCGCACACAGCGAUCGGCUCGUGCGUACACGGGCACACGGACGCGUCCACUUCACGCACCUCACGCACGCAAACUCAGCUGUGCACCCACACAGAGAGGGCCCACGCCAGUACUGGCCCGCGAUCCGUCGCACGACAAUCGCUCUAAAGCGCUCCGCCGCCAUUGUUCCCGCCACAAUGCGU